GCCGCGGGCUUUCAAAAUUCGAGGGGUGCACGUCAGCUCAGCCCAGGAGCGGGUGGCUUGAGCACCGCCCGGAUGCCCGCUCGCCCGCUGACUUGGGCAUGGAGGGUCCUCCAUCGUUGCGACAUUCAAGCCCAGCAUUCCUUAGCUUCGCUACGAUUUCUGCGCUGGAUCGGCUCGUCGGUCCCACGAACUGCACACUUGACGGUUUGCAACAGACAUUGGAUUGAUAUUGUCUCGUGACCUGGUUUUUAGAAGGCCUCCGAGACCUGGAAAGGCGACGGUGGAGGACGUUCUUGAUUGUUUGCGUUUCCUUGAUUUCUUGAUUUCUCAAAUCCUUGAGCUUAUAUUUGCUAGAAGCGACGAAGCACAUCGGCCUCAAGACUCGUGGACUGAUGGUGAUCGAGAAGCUUUGCUGCACACUGCUCUGCGAGGUGUGAAUCUCGUCAACCAUCGAGGUAGCUCAGAGUUGAACCAAUGGAAACCAAAGAAUGGCCGUUAAGACCUGAAGAUAUCGACGAUCCUCCAAAUCGAGAUCCUCCGCCUCGAUAUGCAAUUUUGGUGCAAGUCGUAGGAGCUGAGAAGCUAUGGGCUGCAGAAGAGGGUGUGGUCAUUCCUCCCAAAGUAGUUGAGGGUGGCCCAAAAAAUGAAGAGAUCGCUGCCAAACUUCCUGAACUUGGGAAGGAAGAAACUUUGGAGGCCGUCCCCGACACUGUCGAGAAGAGCUUUUCCAAGGUAUCUGUGUCUUUUAAGUUUCCAGGAGAGCCGAUUUCAGAGGCUGGUCCGGAAAUCCUUGGACCCGUAGCGCCUGACCCUCUGCCUCCCCCGACUGAUCCACCUCCAGUGCUCACUCGGGAUCAGGAGGAUGACUUGUCAGACUCGGAAUUACCUCCUCCUUUGCCACCGCCAGAGCCACCAGUUGUCAAAUUCAGCAACAUUGCAUCUAAAGAGUUCGAAGUGAAAUCGAACUAUGCUAUGUGGCACAAGCUACUUCAAGAACAGAUGGAGAUAACUGUGUACUGGACUUCUCCUUCUGGGGCAAUGACGAAGCCUCUGGGGAUGGUUAAGCUCGACCUGUUUCCGGCGUUAGCCUUGAAUGGGGAAUCAGAUGUGUUACAAGUUUCUGGCAAGCUUGAAAAGAUUCCAGAAUCCCUUGUGGUGGAGGAGAAGGGAAAGGGCAAGAAGGGCAAGAAGGAAAAAGACAAGGACAAGGACAAAGAGAAAGAGAAAGAGAAAGACAAGGAUCGCGCAGAAAAACCAGAGAAAGCAGAUAAAAAAUCCAAGAAGAAGAAGAAAGAUGCAUCGGAAGAAGCUUCACUGGAGGAGACUCUGCCCGUUCUUCUGGAGGACGCUGUGUUGAAAUUUGCAGUGUCCACUAGUGAGCCUUUCUGGUCCGAAUGCAAUCGCCUCCAUGGUUUGGUGAUGGAGGUCAGCAUCAAGGGUGUGCUCAACCUUCCCCCAAAGGUUGCAGAAUUUGGAAGUAGGGUCGGUAAGACCGAGAAGAGUGACAAGGGUGAGAAGGUUAAGGGCGGAAAAGGUGAGAAGGGUGAAAAGGCCGAUAAACCCGAGAAGCCCGAGAAAGCGAGUAAGGGAAGUAAGGGUGAGAAAGGCGAUAAGGGCGAUCCGUUCUCUUACCUUCUAGUUUCAAAUUUUCCAGGGUUUAUUGGUACAUAUUGGUGGGAGAAUCUGAAAGGGUUGUUGCCCGAGCAGAGAGCUGAGCUUGAACGUAUAAAACUGGAGUCGGGAAAAGUGGAAAAAGAGGAAAUAAAGGUCCCUGUCCCCAUCAUUCGCGAUCCCGAACCCGAACCUGAACCUGGGUCUCAGGCAGCUUGUUGGAAGGAGGUGAAGAAGAUAAUCAAUGACAAUUAUGAGGAUGAAAUUAAGGCCUUGCUGUUAGAAGAGGAAGAACGAAAAGCACAAAAGGAGGAGGAGAGGAAAAUGUGGGAGCUUCGGGAGAGGUUGUUGUGCUGCGAUAAGUCGAUAACCGAAGAGGAUGAAUGGGAAAUUUUUCGUGAGAAGGCCGACGAAGAUCCAGAACCCGUCGUAGCACAGCCAACGGAGAGGCUGUUAAUAAAAUGGCCAGAUGCUCCAUUCCCCAUAAUCAAGAGGUUCUUACCGGGCAGAGGGGCAAUAGACAUGCUGUCAGCCAUUAAAAUGGGCUCGAAAUUCAGAGGAGAGUUGGCAAGAUAUUUGAAACCGCCGACGGAUUUAUACGACCCAAGCUUUGAAAAGUAUCGCGGUUGCUUUUUCUUAGAUUUAUCAGGAUUCCUCGAGGAAGGCGUCACCUGCGUUGAUGUGGAGGUACCCUUUGAGCAGUUUACUCUGUCAGGAGCAGAUCAUGGAAUUACAUUCUGCCAAGCUCCACCUAAACCUUCCGGCAAGAAAGCACCGAAAGUCGUCGAAGAUGAUGAUCCUCUUCCGGAAUCAGUGGACCCAGAAAACGUCCUCCCUAACAACUCGUGGCAGGUCUCCAAAGCUGUCGUGUUGAUGCAGGUUCGUACAAACCGUCCACUGCAACCAGUUUGGAAACCCCCUCCUCAACCGGACAUGACCUUGGAGGAAGUUAUUCCUGCGCGGAAAAAGGCACAUACUGUCUACGACGCUGUCAAACUCGCCACUCUAAACUUCGGAGAAUUCAUAACAAUUGCAGCUGACGACCUUAUAGAUAUGUAUCAGGAGUUAACGAACGAGAAAGCCCACAAAGAGGAAUCAGAAGAUGAUCAUUCUCUUUCUCCAAAGUCCUCUAAAAGGAUUGAAACCAAAGGAGAGAUUAGAAAAAAAAUGGUCAGAAUGCUUCGGAAAAGUGGAACUUGGAAUGACAUGAUGGAAGAGAUGAAAGUUAGAGUCCUGAAGGUCGCAUCUGAGAAGUUCAGAGAAAAGAGAAGAGCCGCUUUAGACGUUGGAAAAUUUGAGUUUUGCAAUGAUCUCUAUAUCACUCUGGCUGAGGUUAUCUACAAUACUCUGAAGGAGCUGAUGAUCAAGAAAAGAGAAAACAAGGAGAAAGAAGAAAUGAAGGACGUUGACAGGCUCAGAAUUUUGGCAGAUGAAUAUGAGGCAUCGGAAGACUACGUGAAUGCGUAUAGAUGCCAUCAAGAAAGGCUUAAAGGAGACAACAUGAAAUCUGCUGAUUUAUGGUUUGAAUUUGGCUGCUUCUGCAUGCGUGUGAGGCCAAAGGAUCAAGGGAAGGCCGAGGAGUGCUGGAGGGAGGCACUUACUCUAGACAACAGGCACUUGCUUAGUCUACAGGCAUUGGGAUGUCUCUUAUGGCAUCGAGGAUAUCUUACUCAAGCUGAAGUUCUCCUUCGAAGCGCAGCAGAUAUCCACUCAAUGGAAGAACAUAUAAGUUGGGUCAUUCUCAGCCAGAUAUACGCUGCACAAGGCAAAUUCGACAACGAGCGCUCUUCUUUGAGAAGAGCUGAAAAAUGUUAUGAUUUGGCGAAAAGUUACCGAACACAAUAUAGUGCUCCCCAUCAACUCCUUUCACCGUUGAUUCGAUUCCCGUUCAGCCUGGGCCAUCUUAUCCAUUCAUCAAAGAAAACAAGUUCAGUUUUUAUCGACGCUGCUGCGUUCUUACUGGACAUGCACCUGCCGGUAGAGGCGCACAUUGUGUUGAAGCUGGAUUCUGACAUUUAUUCCUGUACACUGGACAAUAAGUGGUGUGGAGCAAGAGCUUGUGAAAUGAGUGGAGAUUUGAAAGGGGCAGAAAGCUUCAUAAAGGAAGCACUUACUAUCUCUAAGGAGCAUCAGGUUACAUGGCUGCUCUUAGGGCAUCUAAGAUACAGCUACAAACCUGACUUCGAACUUCCAGUGCCCCUCCAGUCCAGUUUGUGGAAGGGUGCCAUCGACGCCUAUGCAAAGUAUUUUAAAUACCAUGGCGUAUCCGAAGAUAUGUACCAGUAUGUCUAUCUGGAAGUGGGUCGGGCGUACUUCAAGCUCGGGGAACUAGACAACGCUCGGAAGUCAUAUUUGCAAGGGUGUACUGUUAAGCCCACCAGUCCAAGCUUCUGGUUGGAAGCUGGUAUUACGUACUAUCACAUGGGAGACUUGAAGCACGCAGAGUUAGCCCUGGUCGAGGGGAAUGUUUUGGACGUUCAGAACUUUCAAAUCUGGGCCUAUUUGACUCUUGUCUGUCUCCGUAUGGGGAGAGACGAAGAAGCAGAAAAUUCUUUUCAGCAAUCAUUGAAAACUAACAUGGAUCCGGACUUGUUAGCAACUAUAGCUGAUCACUUUUGCUGCGUCGGCAAUUUCAGGGAUGGAGAGACGGCUUUCACAGAGUCUUUGAAGCUGAAGGAGUCUGCAUCUGUGAGGUUCUACAGAGCGGAGAUGUACCAUAAAAUAGGGAAGCUGUUACUGGCCAAAGACGAUUACAACAUAGUUGUGAAACUUCCAGAUGUUUCACCCCUGGAUAAGUCACUGUCCAUCUCUAGACUUACAGAGUUGCAUGAUGUAGUGAAAAGUCCGCCCAUCAACAGGUAUCCGCAAGAGCCAAAUUAUGAAGUUUAGAGAACGAUGUAGUGGAGCUCUUUCAAAAUCUUUUUGAUCUUUUAAGUUCUCAAUAGAUGAGGAUGUGCCUUGUAAGUUGCCAGGAGCUUUUAUGUCGGUGGCCUUUAUAAUUAUAACCGUCUCAGGAUUCAUAGAUGAUGUGGUUAAGUGCUCAAACUAGUCUGCAGUUGAAUCUAAGUAGAUAAUGUCGACUGCGUAGGUCAAUCGCGUUUGUUCCUCUAAGGUAAUAUCUUUCAAGUAUUUCUUUGGUCUCUUCAUCCCUCUUGAUCAAUCCGAUAAUCAAUCCGUACUUUGCGUGGGGAUUGCUCAUGGCAUGAGUCUCUACUUCCAUUAAGUUUAUACGGAAGUUUCUUUUCAGUAAGACACCCAUAAUAUCAUGAUUCGACACUCACUUGCUACGAGCUUCGUAUCAUGUUCGUGCUACCCCAUGUCAUUUCCUGUAGCGAGUAAUCUGACAGUGUGGAAAAGUUGUGACCAAAUACCAGGAAUGUGACAAGUCAAUAGCCAUGUAAUUGUUGGACGAUUUUUUUGA